GGACUUGAAUUUUUAUGACUAUGGCUAGUUCAAACACUCCUACACCUGUGGACGAUGGGUUUAAUGAGUAUGAAAGUGCUAUCAAAUGUCAAAAGUCUACCACUUCAAAGGUGUGGGAUGAAAUGACAAAGCUUGAAUGCGAGAACAAAAAUGAAUUGAAGGCACAAUGUAAUCACUGUAAGACUAUCUUCUCUGCUAAGUCUUUUAGCAUGGGUAAGAAAGUUAUCACACCUUUGAGGAGUUCACUUAAGCCAAAAACGGUUCAAGCCGUUGUUUGCUUGGAUGAUUGGAUGCGAGCUAAGGGAUUUUCAGCAGAAAUUGGUUGCAAAAAGGACGAUGACGACGAUGACGACGAUGAGGACGAUGAGGAUGAUGAUGUUUCUUCGGUAGCUUUUUAAGAUACUUUCUUUCUAAAUGUUUAAAAUUUAAUUUAGCUUACACUUUAUAUUUUGUUAUGAAAUUAAAUAUGUUGAUGGAUUAAUGUAUGAAUAUUAUUAUGGUUUGUUGCUUAAUUUUUCAAAGUCAUUUUGGACUUUGGAGGUAUGUGUACUUGUGGGGUUUAACUUAUGUUCUUAUCUCAAAGAUAGUUUGAAGCAAAAUUAGAGAUUGGGAUUUAUAUAAUGACUACAAUUAGUGAAUGAUAA